UCGAAUAGCGCGAGAUAACGUAUUCUACUUGCCCGCCCGUGCGCAACCCUCGAGAAGCUUCCAUCCAUUCACAAGGAAGGCUGAAAGAAAGAUGGAAAAUACCAAUAAAUUAUCAAAUCUGGAUAAAAUCUUACUAAAAUUAGUAUUUCAGGUGGACCAGGGUACACAAUUGCAAAAAGAAGUUAAGCAGCAGAUUCACAUAUAUUCAGCAACUGUUGCAAAAAAGAGACAACAGAUUGAUGAACUACAUGUGAAACUUAGCCAUUUUGAUGAUGAAAUUAAUCGAAUGCAGAGGAUAAGUGCACAUACCAUGGAUAAUUUUAAAGUCUGGAAACCAACAUGUUUGCUUCUAACACAGCAUGAAGAGCAUUUUGAAAAGCAACUCUUAGAAGAACAUGCUAAUACCAUCAGAGAUAAGCAAAUGUAUCAAGACUAUUUAAAGCAAUAUAGAAAGAUUCUGCAGCAGCACCAGUCACAGUAUUCUGCAUUUUCCCAUGCAAAGGAGUAUUUAAAAAGAAAAGCAACAUUUGAAGAAAUUCGAUGUCGAGUACUGAACUACACUGAGCAAAUGCAACAGAAGACACAAUUUCUGGCAGAUCUUCUAGAUUCAUCAUCUUUUGGAUCACUGAAUGAAUGGGCUUUAGAAAUUGCCACUUUAAAAAUAGAAACAGACAAAUCUUUGAAGCAAAUUACUAUAUUGGCAAAAGAGAAAACAUUGAGUCAAUACGAAAGACAAGAGCAUACUGCACAGUUUGGUGAUUCUGAGAGUUUCAAAGAAGUAAAUGAACUUCGAUCAGAUCUGUUGCAUUUCAGUAAUUUGCCAAAUAUUGUCACUUCAAAGGAACAAGAACAGAGCAAUCACCAACAGCAUGAAUACCAGAUUAUUAUGAAUACUGCACUGAGUACUGGACAAGCACAGUCUCAGAGACAUGGAACAAUUGGUCAGAAAUCAACACUAAUUUUGAAACCAUUCAAACUUGUAAGACAGCAGUCACAGACAGAAGCAGCAAUGUCCUGUGACAUUGCAAAAAAUAGAUGA